AGACCGCUGCCGGUAUGUUAGCUUAUGUUUUGAACCAUUGACAGUCUUUAUAUUAAUGUUUGGGCAGUUCUUCUAAUCCAUAUGUGACGCACCAAAAACGGAAAAUAUGCUACAAUUUGAAAUGAAGUGUUUUAAUGAGCUAAGAUAGCAUUCAGGUUAGCUAAACAGAUCUUAGCAUUAUUAUAUGCUAACUCUCCUUAGAGUAUGCUUCUUAAACUUGUUCUCAUCGAGCAACGGCACGUACGCCUGUAUCAUGUCUGAGAGGGCCAGCAAAGACAAACCCAAGCGAAGUUUGUCAUUGCCCAGGAGCAAGAAGAAAGGCAGUGUCAAAGCUGGGAUUCCUGCCAGUGCUGCUGCCACCACAGCCCCAAUUACUUCAUUCUUCAGUAGCCAGCCUCCACCUAAGCUGGCCUGCCCGCUGUGUGGCCAGUUGGUACCGAGAUUCAAGAUCAAUGAGCACAUUGAUUUGCAAUGUCAGAAGUUUGAGAGAGGAGACAGCAGUGCCGCCUCAGCAAGUAAUAGUGUUGUGCCAAGCAUCCAGCUGUCACCCAGAAAGAAUCCCCCGAAGUCCCCAGAGCUGGAGCCAAACAAGGAGGAGGAGGUCAAUGAGACCAAUACCAGCCCUUACUUCAAAAAGAAAAGCUUUCAUCAGGCACCGCGGGAGAUGAGCAGUAAGAGUGUGGUCAGGAUGAUUGACCUGGGAAGUCUUUCCACCAAGUUAUCUCGGAAAUGUCAUAAGGUACCUGAGAGGACACAGAGAAAGGAUAUACAUGUGCCAAGGUGUUGUGAAAAGGAGAUAUAUUCUGAAACACUCAGCAGCUCACAGAAAGAAAAUCAUCUGAUUCAGAGUUUAGGAGACAACGAAGAUUGUGACCUGACAACAACCAGUGCGGACGCUCCAACAGCAAUGGAAGAUCUGUCAUGUUCAGACACAGGACAUCAUCUUGAACUCAAAGCUUCUAAACCAGAGACUGUCCAAAAAUUCAAUAAUCCAAAAUCCAAACUAGCAAAGAGAAAAAAGGCAACAGCCUCCACUGGCAGAGUGUCUAUUUUGAGAAAGAAAGCAAAAUAUGAGGGGAGCAGCAGGCAGUCAGAGGAGGUGUUGUCUCAAGAAGAAACGACUGAUUCAGACCAUCUUAAAACUGAGGUCCCUUCUGCUUCUACUACUAGUACUGCUUGUGAACCCCCUCUAAGUUCAGAGGAGACACAUGAGAGAUGUGCUACAGCCAUCAACCAUGAUUCACUUUCCGAGUCUGGUGCAGAGAACGCCGCUAGUGACCAGGCUGUCGAGGGCUCUCAUGCCCUGCGGCUUCCCUACUACCUCCGUAACUUCCGGACGGUGCUACAGGCUGUCCUGGAGAAUGAGGACGACAGGGCAUUGUUCGACCAGCAGGAUAUGUCCCUCGUACAUGCGUUUGAGAAGCUCUCAGUCAUGGGGCAGAAGCUGUACGUGAGACUCUUUCAGAGGAAACUGAAGUGGCUCCAAGUAAAUAAACUGGAUUAUGAAGAGAUAUGCAGUGAUCUGGGACCUGUUGCUCAGGAGCUGGUUCAAGCUGGUUUUCUGCAGUCAGAAAGUGACCUUCAGGAGUUAGGGGAGGCUCUGGAUCUCCUGCCUGCUCCUGAACUCAAAGCUCUGGCUAAGAGUUUCCAUCUGGGCAAUUCUGGGACUCAGAAGCAGCAGCUAGUGGAUGGGCUUCUCCGUCUCAGCAGGCAAAAGUCCCUCUUCGCUAUGACCUCUGCUCAAAACAACAUUGGGGCUGUCAUACUCAGAAGAGCAAAGCAGCUCGCAGGUCCCUGUGUACGCCUGUGUCGUGGUCCUCGGGCUGUCUUUUCUCGCAUCCUUUUACUCUUCUCUCUGACGGACACCAUGGAUGAGGAGGAGAUGGCGGCUGGUGGGCAAAACCAGCUCUUCACCAUCCUGCUGGUCAACUCGGGACGUCUGGCCUUCCCAGACUACACAGUACAGCGUAGAGCCAAGGUGUUCCAGGACAGAGAUGAUCUUAUCAGAUAUGAAGCAUCCAUGCGAUCCCUGCAAGAGGUAGCCUCAGCUAUGCAGGGAGGUCAGUGGGAAGAGGCCAUGGAGCUUUACACUGCUGCCAAAAGUGCCUGGCAGGAGCUGAAGAAAAACCAUGACCUCAGUCACCAGGAGGAGCUGCCUGUGUUCCUGCGCAGCUUCACUACAGGAUGGGCUUACACUCGUAUCUUAUCCAGAGGGGUGGAGGUCUUGCAGAGGCUGCGUCGCUAUGAGGAAGCAGUAGAGGAGCUGCGGUCCUUACUUUUGCAGUCCACUUACUGUUUUGACAGCCGAGGGCGGUGGUGGGACAGACUGGCAUUAAACCUUCACCAGCACCUAAAAAAACCUGAGCAAGCUAUUUGUGCUAUCAGAGAUGGGCUGUCAGACCCUCUGGUGCGAACUGGACAUAAACUCUCUCUUCAUCAGAGAGCUGUUAGGAUGAAAGAGUCUGCCAGCUUGAAGAAGUAUCGCCUGCAACUAAAAGACCUGCCCACUAUCCAAGUCCAGGAUGUCAGACAUGUGACCAUCCGGGGACAGCUGUUUCCUCAUGAGGGGGGUAUGGGGAAAUCUAUGUUUCUUAUACCAGCAAAUGAAGAGGGGGAAGAGACUGGCAAUGCCACUGUAAUAGGCUCUGUGGAAGAGCUGUCUUUAGCACAUUACCGUCAACAAGGCUUUGACCAAGGGAUCCAUGGAGAGGGUUCAACAUUCUCGACAUUAUUUGCUCUGCUGCUGUGGGACAUCAUUUUUAUGGAGGGUAUUCCAGAUGUUUUCAGAAAUCCAUACCAGACAUGUCCACUGGAUCUUCACACUGACUGUUUCUACGAGAACAGGAAAGAGGCGAUCGAUUCUCGUGUGCAGUUGCUUGGCGUGGCAUCUGUGGAGACGCUGUGCGACAUGUUAGAAGAGGCUUGGACCUCCCAGGAGGGUAAAGUGUGUUCACUGGUCGGCUGGGAGCGUUUCUCCUCCCUUCAACAGGCACAGUCUCUUGUGUCAUGCAUGGGUGGAGCCUUCUUAGCAGGAGUAAUAGCACGAAUGUCAAAAGAUUACAGACACUGCCGUGCAGGUCUGCCUGAUCUAGUGGUGUGGAACACCUCAGAGAACAGCUACAAGCUGGUGGAGGUGAAAGGGCCCAGUGACCGUCUGUCCCAGAAGCAACAGAUCUGGCUGGAUGAGCUUCAGAAACUGGGGGCUGAUGUGGAGGUGUGUCACGUGGUGGCUACUGGAGCCAGAGGAGCUCGUCUGGAAUAAACAGACACAGAAGAACUGACUGAUAAGACUGCUGCUAAUUAAUAAGUGUGUGGUUGUAACGGAAACAUCAGCAGACAGAAUCUCUGAAAAAAAUGAUCUGGAUGCUUUUUCUGAUUCUCAUCUGGAACAGAUAUUGAUGAUUAUCUCAAAAAUUAAAUUUGUCUUCCAUAUGUCACAAAUUGAAUCCUACAUGAGAUGAGUAUAGGGAGUGAAAGUUGUGGCAAGAGGUGUGCCUUGUGACAUGCGGCAUUAUCGCCUUCAGCAGGAAGAGGUGCAUCAUGAGAUGGAGAUCAUCACUGAGAACUGCCAGGAUCAGAAAUAGCUUGGUUGCAGAUAAUCAGAGCUGAUGCAUGACAGGAUCCAACAAUCAUGCCAAACUGAUGGUGUUUCCUUUUCCUUGGCAAUAUAUACACACUACAUUCUCAGGAUCUUGUGUUGCCAAGCAACGAAAACUCAAAUUUAGUUGGCUGCUUACAAAUUGAAUGACAGCUCUACAAGUUUGUUAUGCAAGUAAUUACUGUAAUAAUAUGCCCUUAAAUAUGCAGUUUUGCUACUACGCCGCCAGAAAAAAAACAAAAAAAACCCCCAAAACAUCAGUCCGGUACCACAAAAGAAACAAGAGAAAUCAAAUAAGAGGGCUGCAAGUAAUGAUUAUGUUCAUUAACAAUUAAGUUACCAUUAAUAAAAUGCCAGAAAAUAGUGAAAAUGCCUAUGGCAGUUUCCUAGAGCUCAGGAUGUCAUUAUCACUUUGCUUGUUUGGUCUGACCAGCAGUCCAAACCCCAAAUUAUUCAGCUUAUUAUAACAGCCAUCACAUAUGACAAACAGAGGCAGCAAAUCCUCAGAAUUGAGAAGCUGGAACUUGGAAAAAGCUAUUUUGUUUAAAAAUGACUCAAACGAUCAUCAAAGCGGUUGCCAAUUAAUUUUCUGUUGAUUGAUUGAUCAACCAAACAGAUCUCUGACUGAAUUGUGUUGAUAUGUAAAAUGUGAGAACUGAUGUUGAUGGUGUGGGACACUGAAAUAUUAAAAGACA